UGUUAACAAAGGUGCGUCUCUCAGUGGCACAGUUUCACUCUUUGAGCUCUCACUCUCUGAUACUCUCUCUCUCUCUCUCUCUCUAUGAAGCAAAAGUGUACACAAAUGGGUGACUCAGAAGAACAUGAGAAAAGCAAGCAAAAACCCCAAGCAGAGAAAUACAACAACCCAAUAAGAACAGUGGUGUCCAAUCUUGAAUUGGGUCCAAUCAACGCUGAUAAACUUAGUGUAUUGGUUAAAGCACUAUAUCGUUCUGCUCCAAGAAAAUUUGACCCAAAUCCUGAAGCGGGUCUAGUAUCAUGCGCUAAUCCAGGCAAGGAUAAUGAUACCAGUAAUGUAACUCUUUUCCCGCGUACAAGUCCGGAUUCUGAUGUCAAAAAUAUGGACUUCUACAGUGAGGAGCGGUUACAAGUGUUGCUUUUAAAGAAACUUGAAGCAAUUUACAAUGAAGCCUAUACAAUGUUAAUAUCAUAUGGUUAUCAGCCUGAUCAUGUGCUGAAAGCAAUCUUGACGAAUGGCCAUGUGUUUGGUAGCGGUGAUAUUUUGACAAACAUUGUGCAAAAUUCACUUAGUUAUCUUAAAACUGGCUUUGUUGUUGAUAGUGGAAAUUAUGUAGAAGGCCAACAAGUUUUUGAGGAUAUGGAGUCGUUGGUUAAAAACACACUUGCAGUAAUGAUUUACUUGAUUAUCAAAACGCGGCAGAACUUGAUCAAAGGAGAUGCCAUGUGGUGCCUCCUGAAGGGAAAUUUUAAUUUGGGUGUUGCAAAUUCCAUAGCAGUGCCGUUUGAGAUGAAUGAAGAUGAGAGUCAGAGGGCUGAUAAUAACAGUUCAGUUCUUGAAUCUUCUGGGCUUUGUAAAUUUGAAGGAAAUAAGCUUUCUAGUGAUGGUCAGGCACUUGAUUUUAGCAAAAAUGACUCUUCUGGGGAACUUGAUGUUUUAUUUGACAAAAAAUGUAGCAUUGUGAAUAAUUUUAAGAACACACCAUCUUUAAAAGCUGAUUUGAAAAUGAGCAUUGGAAAUUUCGCAGCUGCUUGCCGUGCUGGUUUUAAGAUGUCUCCAGAACAAUGUCAGGCUUCAAAAAACUCCUUGUCAAGAAAAAAUUCAACUAAUUCAUUUGAAUGGGAGGACUCUUGUAUGGCUAACUUAGUUUUGGGAGACAAUGGUAAAUUCAAUAUUCAUGAGAAUAAAGUUUGUGAUCCCCGCAAUCCUAAGAACAAAAUCCUCUCAAGUUUACUCAGUAAUAUUAAAGAGAUCAAGCAACAGGUAAAGGAACGCGAGGGAUGGGCUCAGGAGAAAGUAAUUCAAGCUGCUAAAAAGCUCAGCCAUGAUAUGUCAGAGCUUGGGAGAUUGAGACGGGAAAGGGAAGAAAAACUGAAGCUGAAGAACGGCAAAGUGGAACUUGGGGAAGAGACCAUGAAGAGGCUUAGGGAACUGGAGGAUGCUUUAAAGAUGACAGGAUGUCGUUCUGACCUUGCUAAAGCAGCUGCCCAAAAACUGGAAGUUAAAAAUGCAGAAUUUAGAGCAGAGGUGGAAGCUUUCAAGUUGAGAGCAUCAGAGUCGGAUAAAAUGAGUGUGGAAGUUGUGAGGAGGGAAAAGAAGUGCCUCAAGAAGAUUCAGGCCUUGGAGAAACAGAAUAAAAAAUAUCUGGAGGAGAUCGAAGAAGAGAAAAAUCAGUCCUUCCAACUGCAUCAAAAGUUGGACAACCUCAAGAAGGCCCAAGAGGAAAUUGAGGAGAUGUGGAGGCAGGAAGUGAAAGCGAAAGAGCUUGCCAUAGCCCAGGUGCAGAAAGAACUGAGAUUAAAGGACGAAGCAAAGGUCAAUAUAAAUAGAAAGCGAGAUGCCUUGCUCCGAAAGAUGGAGAUCAAUUGUCAGCGUAAUAAAGACGACAAGAAGCGACUUGAGCAGGAAAUAUCUCGUCUCCAAUUGUCUUUGGAUUCCAGCAAUCUGCAUCAUCUACCAGAUGCUUUCUACACAGCGGGACUAGAGCACACAAGACCUGAGAGGGACCCUUUUGAGAUGCUUCCUUCUUUAAAUGAAGCACUAGAGUACUGUGAGGAAGAAAAAAUCUCUGAUCGAGUAUGCUUGUUCUGUCAGGAGAAUGAAGCUUCUAUUGUUUUCCUGCCAUGUGCCCAUCAAGUUCUAUGUUCCAAUUGCACUGAGGACCACUACAAGAAUGUUGAAGCUAACUGGUGUCCAUGUUGCCAGGACCGAAUUGCACAGAUAAUCCGUGUUUAUGGUACGGGCUCAUAGAUUCAGAUUGGCUCUGUAGUUGAAUGGAAUACAUAAGGCUGUUGUAAGUAAAGGGCAAUCUAUGGUUGAUGUCACCAAAGAAUUGUACAUCUUCCUAUAGCAUGAUAAGCAAGCAUUAAAUAUGAAAAAUUUGGAUAGUCCAUUUCCUAGCCUAGUUAAGUAUCUCAGUUUACUUUCCAGUAUCUGAAUUUUGUACUUGGGGAUGCUUUUUCUAUUAAAUAUGUGGUGACUAUUAACUAGAUUAGCUCUUUUUCCUUUUUA